AUGGCUGCUGCACCCAACACCCUCCUGGUCGAGGGCUCGUUUACUGAACUGGCCGACGAGCUGGCCCAGUACAUCGAUGCCAUCCGGAAAACGGACAGGGGAGUCCAAGCUGAGAUUUUUCCGGCUCUCGAGGCUCUGCGUGAAAAGGAACAGCUUGAGGAGGAACCCAGUCCCGCGCAGAAGCAGCAGAUUCUUUCUCAGAGGGAUGAGGUGCUGAAGAAAAUUGUGGUCGCUGCUGCGGCCUUGAAUGCAGCGCCGGAGAAGGAAAUAUCCACUGCCUACAAGCUGCUCAUUCAUCUCAUCCGCCAAUCCUCGUCGGUGAACAUGUUCCUCCCGCGAGUCUGCAGCUACCUGGCCAAACCCUUCACCUCCUCCCCACAGAACAGCUCAACCUUCUCCAUCUCCAUCCUCUCAACAAUCUUCAACACCCUCCCCCAACAAGACAUGGGCCGCUACCACGUCUUCCUCGCCAUCCUCGCUGUCAUCCGCCAGGCGCCUUCAUCCCUGGCCUUCGCCGCUCUCAAGUCGCAACUUAACACCCAACUUCCCUCCUGGAUCUCCUCCUGGGGUCUGGACGAAGAGGACCUGCAACGCCUUCACCUAGCCAUCUCCGACGCAGCUAAGGACGCCGGCGACCGUGACAUGGCUCAUUCGCACCUCGUCUCAGCCCUCCAGGCCAUCCCACCCUCCGAAUCCUCUACCCCUGAAGCGCACGACAUCGCCCUCCGCGCCCUCCUAUCCGCCUUCACCUCCCCCUCCGUCUUCGACUUCACCCCCCUAACAGCCAGUGACGCCAUCCAAUCACUCCGCACCACGGAACCGCACCUCUUCGAGCUCCUCGAGAUCUUCGCCGCAGACACCCUAGACGCCUACGAAGACAGCAUAAAAGCCACCCCGCUCUCCUCCAUUCACAACCUCGCCGCCUCCGCCGACAUCCUGCAGACAAAAAUGCGCCUGCUCACGCUAGCAAGCUUGUCCUCCACCACCCCCUCGCGCUCCCUGCCAUACGAUACCAUCGCAUCAGCCCUGCGCAUCCCGCGCGACGACGUGGAGAAGUGGGUCAUCGACACCAUCCGCGCGGGCCUGGUGGAGGGCAAACUGAGCCAGUUAAAGGGCGAGUUCCUUGUGCACCGCGCGACGUACCGGGUGUUUGGAGAGAAGCAGUGGGCGGAGGUGCAGGGGCGAUUGAUGGUGUGGAGACGCAGUCUGGAGAAUGUGCUGGAUGUUGUGAGGAAUGAGAAGGAGAAGUUUGUACGCGAGGAAAUGGCGGCGGCAAGUGCAGCGGCCGCCGCCACCGUUGCUGCUGCUGCUGCCAAUGCGGAGGGAGGUUCGCAGCAGAGGGGUGGUGGAGAUAGGAGGAGAGGUGGUGGACAUGGUCAUGGGCAUGGUCAUGGCCAUGGGCAUGGGCAUCAUCAGAGACAGCAGCAGCAGCAGGAGCAUCAGCCUAGGGAGGUUGAUUUGGUUGGUGGAGGUGAUUAG